UUGUUUCAUGCAAUAUAAAAAUAGGAAACGAAGAUUGCUUGUGAAUGGAAGCUUCCGCAAAAGAUUAGCCAACAACCCUCUUAAAGUUUGCCGCAGAUUUUAUAUAUAGAAGCUUCAUUUCAAGCUGUAAUCUUAUUAUUAGCAUCAACCUUAAUCGCCACACACGUUUUUCUAGUAUAGGAGAAGUUAAUUAGUGUUUUAUAAUCACGUUUCUGUUCUAUAUUUUGCUUCUUCUGUUACAUAGAGUCCCGCUCUGAGAUUCUGCUGCAAAAAAAGGGACUUUAAUCAUUCAUUCGGGAUUCCUUCAUUCAUGGGGGAAAUGUUGAAUAUUGUGUUAUUUGUCUCAGUUUUGGUGUGUGUUGUAUCAUCUUCGUUUGCUCAGCAAGCUUGUGGCAAAUAUUCCUUCUCUGAAAACCGUCAGUUUGACUCGUGUAUUGAUCUUCCUGUGUUGAACUCUUUUAUCCAUUACAAUUAUGAAUCUUCAUCAGGGAAGCUUGAUGUUGCGUUCAGGAGGACGGGGAUGACGGCUUCAAGUUGGAUAGCUUGGGCCAUUAAUCCUACUGCAACCGGGAUGGUUGGUUCUCAGGCUCUGGUGGCAUACCAACAAGCUGAUGGAAAAAUGAAGGCUUAUACUUCCCCGGUUACUCAAUAUAAAACGAGUUUGGAAGAGGGGAAGCUCAGUUUCGAGGUCUCGGAUUUGACUGCAACGUUUGCCAAGAACGAGAUGACCAUUUUUGCUACAUUGGCGCUUGGUAAAGGUAACACUACUGUGAAUCAAGUUUGGCAGGAGGGUCAUCUUUCCGAUAAUGUUCCUCAAAUGCAUAGUACUAGUGGUGGAAAUGUUCAAUCCAUGGGGAAAUUGGAUCUUCUUUCUGGUACUGCUUCAUCUUCUGGUGGAGGAAACUCGAAAAAAAGAGACAGAAAUAUUCAUGGGAUUCUGAACGCGGUUAGUUGGGGUGUUAUGAUGCCAGCCGGGGCUAUUUUUGCAAGGUAUUUGAAGGUGUUUAAACCUUCUUUAGGGCCUACCUGGUUUUACCUUCAUGUUGGUUGCCAAGCAUCAGCAUAUAUUAUCGGUGUCGCCGGAUGGGGAACCGGUCUCAAACUCGGAUCUGAAUCCGCUGGAAUUGAAUAUUCAACCCAUAGGAAUAUUGGCAUAGCCCUCUUCUGCCUUGGAACACUUCAGGCGUUUGCGUUGCUUCUAAGGCCAAAACCAGAUCACAAAUACAGAAUUUUCUGGAAUAUCUAUCACCACGCUUGUGGAUACACAGUCAUAAUUCUGAGUGUGGUUAACAUAUUCAAAGGAUUCCAAAUCCUGAAACCGGGGGAUGCCUGGAAGCAUGCCUACACUGGAAUUAUCAUAGCUUUGGGUGCUAUCGCUGUGGUGUUGGAAGGUUUUACUUGGAUUAUAGUGAUCAAGAGAAAAAGGGAAGAAAAUUCUGACAAGAUUUUUGGAAAUGGAGCAAAUGGGUAUAGUGGUAGAAGGGCAUAAAACAAGUUUGCUUAAUGUAUUUUUCUCUUUCACAGGUGCUUUUCUUCUUGCAUAGAGCAGGCCCUGGUAGGACUAGUUUUGCUUGGAAAUUAUAUGUUACAUGUUGCUUUUAAAUCCAUGUAUCAGUUCAUUUUAUUAUUAUUAUUUUAUUGUACUCUUGUUUUUUAUAUGUGCAUUAUACAUUAUACAUUUUACACUUUU